GUCGCCCAUUGCGCAGACAUCACAGCUACUCACAGGACGACGGAGCUUUCUAUGGAGGUAUGGCGGACUCUGCCCUGGUGGUGAGAAGCAUCCACACAGUAGACAACUAUGACGCCGUUGUCGAGUUCCGCUUCCACCAAAAUGGCGCCCUCGCUGUCAGCGUGUACAACUCCGGCUAUCUGCUGGCAGAGUUCUUCUCCACUGAAGACGCCCCCUAUGGGUUCAAGGUCGCCGAGAACAUCACAGGGUCAUUGACCUUCAACGCGGCUCAUUUCAAG